AUGCAAUCUCGUGGCUGUCCAAGUAAUAUAUCAUUCUCAUACACAACUACAAACACAUCCGCAUCCGCAUUGACAGGACUUUCGGAUAAACCUAAAGAGCAGCCAUCGUCCUCAGCGCCAUCCCUCACCUCCAGCACCGACUUGCCAGACCCUGAACUCGCAUAUGCUCAGACCUACCACUUCACCACCUGCCCUCACACCAGUCCUCCAGUGUCGCGACCUCUCAACGUCCAGCCCAUUCUGGCAGAAUACCAUGACGAUCUCCUCGCAUACCCUCCACUCUACCUGCGUGUGUCUCCUGCAAAGGAACCCCUGACUCGCGUACCGAACAACUACAUCUAUAUCAUCCAGGGCUCUUGCGGUCAUUGUGAUUCAGCAGCUCGACGAGAAGCCGAGUCCGCGAUCCUCGACGAAUAUGCAGACAAUAUAGAUGAACUGACUGAGCGACUAAGCCUGUUGAAGCAAGACAUCGAGUCGGCAUCUUCGCAGCCUCCCGAGUCAGGACAUGAGUCGACCGCAUCGGCAUCGGCAUCCGUCGUCGACACCGCGCCUAGCACCUGUAUAGUGGGAUUGAAUAUCCGCCUUUCUCGCAGCCACAUCCGGAGCAUCGUCGAGAUGGAAAACCAGCUGAAAUCGAUGAUUAGACGGCGCGAUCGGAAAGUCAAAGCCGUGUGGAAGGGGUACACUGCGCGGUGGGGUCCGGCGACGCUAGCCAAGAAGUCGACGAGGGGGAAAGAUGAGUGUGAGGACAACGACAACGGCAAUGGCCACCGAAAGCAGCAGCAUGACAAGAAACGCAAGCUCUACUGA